CCAUAAUCAAAAACAAAAGAAGACUCCAAUAUCAUUCAUCCAUGGCUUCUUCACACCAACAACAACAAGAACAAGACCAAUCAGCUUUAGAUCUCAUAACCCAACACCUUCUUACCGAUUUCCCUUCCUUAGACACCUUUGUCUCCACCAUCCACCACUGCACCACCUCAACUCUAAGCCAACGCAAGCCACCUCUUGCCACUAUAGCAGUUCCUACAACUGCACCAGUGGUUCAAGAGGUUGAUGAUCAAAGGCACUACAGAGGCGUCAGGAGAAGACCGUGGGGUAAGUAUGCGGCUGAGAUCAGAGACCCAAACAAGAAAGGUGUUCGUGUCUGGCUAGGCACUUUUGACACAGCCGUGGAAGCUGCAAGAGGUUACGACAAGGCUGCUUUUAAACUACGUGGAAGCAAAGCCAUUCUUAACUUUCCACUAGAAGCAGGCAAGCACCAGGAAAUUGGAGACAACAACAAGACAGUCUCUUUAAAAGCAAAGAGGAAGAGACAAGUAACGGAGGAUGAAAUCCAUGGAAGUAACCUGUGUACCCAUAAAGCUGUGAAGAGGGAAGAGGCAGAAAUUCAGGCUCAGGCUGAGGUUUGCCCGUUAACACCGUCAAGUUGGAUGGGGUUUUGGGACGGAGAAGACAGUAAAGAGAUGAGAAUAUUUUCUGUGCCUCCGUUAUCUCCUUAUCCAUCUCUUGGACACUCACAACUCGUGGUUACGUAAGGAUCAUAUUGGGAAAAUUCCAACAUUAGGUGACAUCUGCAACUUUAAUAUCAUCUACAGGCAAAAUACCAAGAAGAUGAUAACAAAUAGAACUUGCUUUA